AUGAAUCCUGAUAUAGCAGCAGCUUCAGAUGAUGAUGUGUCGAACGUUGAGAUUACAAUAUCACCAGAUAAUGAAAGCCAUGACCAGACUCCUUUACUAGUAGGUACUUCACAUUCUUUCUCAGAUGUAGCAGUAGCAGCUUCAGAUGAUGUGCCCAACAUUGAGAUUACAAUAUCACCACAUAAUCAAAGCCAUGACCAGAUUCCUUUACCAGCAGGCACAGAUUCUUCGGGGCUGUUCUGGCUUGCACUCACAUAUGACUGGUCCUCAGCGCAAUCCAUUGUUGAAAAUAAUCCUGACAUUGUAUGUGAUCCAUUGACUGAAAGAGGCGACACAGUUCUUCAUGUAGCAGCAGAUGCAGAGAGCACUACUUUUGUGGAAGAAUUGGUUAAGCUGUUAGUUAACCGGCCACAAGACCUGUUGAUACCAAACUCCGAAGGGAUGCUUCCAGUUCACUUGGCAGUUUUAACUGGCAACCAAAUAAUGGUGCUAUAUUUAUGCUCUAAGCCAGUCCUUGACCUAAUGGCUUACCAGGAUAUUGAAAGACUAUUUUUUAUGACUAUUAGCAACAACAUGUUUUAUGUGGCAUCAGAAAUAUGUGAUAUACAUUUACAUGGAUUGGCCAUUGCAAGAUAUCAAGAGGCAGGAGAGAGCCUAACAGCAUUACAUAUGCUGGCGCGUAAGCCUUCAGAAAUUAUAGACAUGAGAUUGAAAUCAGAGGACGAUAGUGAAGACAUGAAAUCAGAGGACUACAGUGAAGACUCGGAAUCAGAAAACGACAGUGAAAACACGAAAGACAAGAGAUCAGAGGACGACAAUGACAAAGAAAUAUCAGAGGAUCUGAGAUUGUUUACGAUGAUAUGGCUUGAGGUGACGACAUUGCCAAAGGAACAGAUUUUGGAUUUGAUCACUCAACCCUCGUCAGUGUUGUUUGAUGCAAUAAAAUCAGGACACGAUUCGGCUGUGAAACUGCUUCUUAGUCAAAAUUUUCAAAUAUUCAUAAAAGAUCCCAAUAAUGGACAGAACCUAGGACACUUGCUUGUUCAAUAUCGACAUUUUGAUUACUUUAGGUUUAUAGAUUUUAAGAGAAAGCAGAUAAUAGGAGCAGUGGACAUUGAAGGAAACACCCUUCUGCACAUGGCUGCGCAUCUACCACUUCAAUUCCAGGCAUUAUCAGGUUUAAGAGCAAGCAUUCAAAUGCAAAAAGAGCUUGCAUGGUUCAAGAAAGUAGAAAAAAAAGUUCCUAGUGAAUUAAGGAGUGUGAGAAACAAGAAGGGAAAGAGACCGAUCGAUGUAUUUUAUGAUGAACACAAGAAGUUAUCUGAUGAGAUCAAGGAAUCAGCCAAAGGAAUGGCGAAUUCUGGAAUGGUUGUGGCAACACUUGUUGCUACAGUAGCGUUUGCAGCUGCUCUGACGGUUCCAGGUGGUAAGAAAAAUGAGUGGUUUGUUGUCUUCAUCAUCACAAAUGCAAUAGCAUUAUUCAGUUCUUCUGCUUCUAUACUCUCUUUCUUGUCAAAUUUCACUUCAUCAAGAUUUGCAGAAAGUGAAUUUGUGAUAUCAUUACAUCCCAGCUUGACUUUUGGACAUGCUUUGCUAAUAAUCUCUGUUGCUACUAUGGUUGUGGCUUUCUCUGCAGCAUGUUUUCUGAUAUUUGAAGACACAAGCAAGUGGGUUUCAUAUGUAGUGGCUUCAAUAGGGGUUUUCCCAUUACUAUUGUUUCCUCUCUUUCAAUUUAGCUUCUUCGACGACCUCAUUUGGUCUAGAUGGUAUCGUCCCAAACUUGAGUCCGCGGUUUCUGUCUCCCCCACAUUGUAUGACAAGUUUGUGAAGCAACCAUUAAAGUUUGUUCGCUGCAAAUCUUCACAUUUCUUAAGAAAAUGCUUUAGGAUUCUAAGAAAAAAAUGCUAUAGGAUUCUCAUUCUAUUAUUUUUGAAUAGAGUCGAGUCUGUUCCAGAUUUUUAG